AUGGCUAAAUUGGGAAAACCGAAAGGUAGUCGCAAUAAGAAGACGCUCGAGAAGCAGGCAUCAGCCACCCGUAAGAAUGUCAACACAUCCGGCUCGCUCGUGCCGCAGGCACAGUCGGCACUGAAUCUUCCCAGCGAGGCCGAAUUACAAUCGCAUACAGCCUGGGACGAUCUAGAGUUGGCAUUUAAAGCCAAUGAGAAUACCCUGCCCGGUGCAUACACCCCCAAUCCGGGCUUCUCAUCGGUCAGUGAGUCACGGUUUUUGAAAGGAGAGCUGACUUGGACAAUUUCGUCGAAUCAGUUGCCUGCAAGAGACCUAUGGGCUACGAACGGUCCUUUACCGCCUCCGAUCGAUCGGGUCAGCACGGCUACCAACGAUGACGAGUCCUCAUCGCACGUUGGGACCCAGUUUGCGAUGGACUUCGAGGAGAAUUGGAUUGAUGCGGAUUGGGACAGGUUGAUAGCGGGCACGGGGGCCGAGAGGCAGCCGCGUUCUGGGUUUACGCAUGGCGGUCCUGACCAUGUUUACCCGGAAGGGUGCGGAGACCCAAAGUCCAGCGCGCAGCUAAAACCCCAAGCAGAUGAGGGAGGGAAUCAUAAGGGACAGACCUGCACAUUCAAUUGCUUCUGGAGACUCAUGGAGCAUCUCAGCAAUCUGAACUUGAUGGAGCGGCAGCCGGACAAUAUCAUCGAUCUGGAAGUGACCCUCUCCAAGGCUGACACAGUCUUAGGCUGCACUCGGAGGAUACUGGGGUGCUACUCCUGUCGGUUGGAUUCCAAAGUACUCCUGCUGCUUAUGACAGUGUUGCAAACAGUACUGAACUGGAUGCGAGUGGAAUACACCAUGAAAAAAUCCUCUCAAAACUCACCUGCAAUCCUGUUUGGCAAUUGGAAGGUACCCGAGGCAGAUGCUCGUCUCAUUAAGGGCGUGCUAACACGGAGAAUCCUCGCCGCGUACGAGUCCGCCGUCAAGGUCUUGUGUCUUCGAAUGGACGAAAUAGCACUUGGUGCAAGCAGAGAGAACCUGACGUAUCAGCUUAUGGAUGCCGAGUCGCUCCAGCAUACCUUGCAGCGACUGACAACGUCAUUAAAACAGCUAAUAGAACUUACGAAGACGCCCUCGCAGGAACGCGAGGUUCACGAUGUAGAAAUCUAA